GGCGCUCUUGGGGGACUCACGUGCUCACGUGGGUUUUUGUGAGUGAGAUUUUUUGGUUGUGAGGAGAGAUGAGUGCUGAAGGCUCGGGGUCUGGGGUGGAGUGCUUUUGGGGGAAUCUGAAGGAUCAUCCGCAGUGUCCUCAUGGACCAACACUAUUAUUUGGAAAAAGACUAAACGGAGAAAUAACGCAGUACUACGCCUGCUCAGCCUGCAGAGACCGAAAGCUCUGCAACUUCUACCUAGAAAAGACCGAUAAACUGACUAAAAUCCAGAAGAACGCGUGGCAGGCGGAAUCGAAGAAGUUCAUUCAACAAUACAAUCACAGAAAAUACUUCUUGAGACUGAAUGAAAUCACAUCUGAACGUCCAGAGAACAGGGGAUACUGCCACACCUGUGGCAGACUAUACUUCGUCAACGAGAUCGCCAAACAUAAGGAUCACGAAUUGACAACUGGAGUCACUGACGAUCAAUUGAAAAACCCCACGAAGAUCCUCAAACCCCUAUCCAACCCGAAGAAAGAGGCCCAGUACUUGUUCUCGGAGAAAGCAACAGCUGAGGUCGUUGAUUUAUUGAUAAAGGCUGGAGCGAAACAUAUCUUGUGCAUCGGUGCCCCUCGAAUACAUGAAUAUAUUACACAGAAUCAUGAGAAGAUGACGAGUCUUCUACUCGAUUUUGAUGGGAGAUACCACAAUUUCUUUGGACCUCUGAGUUUCUGCUGGUACAAUCUCUUCAACAACCACUUCUUCACCGAAGAAUCCCAAGAAGUCUUUAAUGAUUUUCUCACCCAGGACAAUGGAAAGAAUAUAUUUCUGGUCUGUGACCCCCCAUUCGGUGGUCGAGUGGAAUUCAUGUCCCAGACGAUAAAGUCAAUAACCGAUUCCCACAGGAUUUUGAAUAAACUCGAUAAUAACGAGACACUGAAGAUAUUUUUCGUACUCCCAUAUUUCAUGGAAUCCAUAAUGCUGAAUAAAUCGAAUCCCCGUGGGGUCGAUGGAGGUCUGAAGGACCUGAAGAUGUCAGACUACAAAGUUGAUUAUGAAAAUCAUCCUCUCUUCGUGACAGGCUCGAGUGGUAGAAAGUACGGCUCCCCUGUUCGUAUAUUCACAAAUGUAUCGUUAAAUUUACUGAAAUUACCAGAGGACGGGUACAAGUGGUGCAAGAGAUGUGAUAAGUGGGUGGCGAGAGAGAAUAAACACUGUAAAUUAUGUAAAUCAUGCACAUCGAAGGAUGGAAGACGCUACAGACAUUGUAAAAUUUGUAACAGAUGUGUUAAACCUACUUGGAAACACUGUGAUAAAUGUGAACGAUGUGUUCUCGAGAAACACGUCUGUGGAAUUAAGCCGAAAAUUACGGGCGAGUGUUUUACAUGUUGUGGAACAGAUCACAUCGCAAAAGACUGCCCUAGAGAUCAAUCACCCAUAAAACGAAAGAAGGAAGAUCUCUCCGUAAAGAAGAAUAAGAAAAUGAAGAUUGAGGCAGUUGCGCCAGAUGUGACGAGCAAGAAGCAGAAGAAAAUUAAAUUAAAAAAUUCCAAGGAAAAAUCUACGAAUGGAGAUUUGAGGAAUGACAUCGCAAAAGACUGUCCUGUCCUCCGUUCACCUAAAAAACGAAAGAACGAAGAAGAUCUCUCCCUGAAGAAGAAGAAAAAAGUCAAGAUCGAGGCAGUCGCCCCAGAAGUGCCGAGCAAAAAACAGAAGAAAAUUAAAUCCCAAACCUCCAAGGAAAAAUCUGCGAAUGGAGAUUUGAGGGGCAAAAAAUUGAAGAAACGACAAUUGAAAAAUAAGAACUGAAUAAACCAUCUUUUUAAAAUUCCA